AUGUCGCACGCCACGUCUGAUUUGGAGUACUUUAAAUGUGACAUGUGCGGAGUGUACCUCCACAAGGACAUCUUCUGCAAUCACCGGCGUGAGUGUAAAGGCCUUGACUCGAAGGAGCUGAAGAAGGGACAGUGCCGUCAAAUCGAGGCUGCAUUAAAUGACGAAAUGCGGCGCCGGCUUGCGUCACAAAUGGGAGAGGAAAAAGCCCUCGUGCCCGUUGAGCUCGCCGAACGGCACCAACAGGCACGCGUGCGGCGGAAUGUGGCAGACGCGUAUCAGGCCGACCUAGACAAGAAGAUGCAGGAGUGCUUUGCACCUGAAAAGAUGAAGGCGCUCGCAGCGUUUCUUGAGGAGUGA